AUGAAACAAGACAUGAAGAAGUUCAGUAUUGUCAUAAUUGUUACAUUCAUAUUUCUAGCUGACUUUGGUGUAAUAGGGGAUCUUGAAAUAUCAAAAUAUGGUGGUACACCAAAUUCAGAUAUUACCGAGGCUUUCAAAAAGGUUUGGGCUGAAGCAUGUAAUUCAACAAUUGCGGUUAAAAUUGUGAUUCCAUCUGGUAAUUACAGAACAAGUGGAAUAGAUGCUGAAGGUCCAUGCAAGGCUCCAAUUGAAAUUCAAAUUGAUGGAACAAUUCAAGCACCUUCAGACGUAAAUCAAAUUCAAAAAGGGAUUGAUCAAUGGAUCAGAUUUAGUACUAUGGAUCAUUUAACCAUAUCAGGAGGAGGAAUUUUUGAUGGUCAAGGUUUAAAUACUUGGAAAAAAGCUACAGCUGCUUGGAGCAAAAAUCAUAAAGCUGAUAACAAAGUUUCCAUGAAUUUUGGUUUUUAUUUUGUUAACAACUCCAUCAUCACUGGGAUUACAUCUAAGGACAGCAAAAAUUUCCAUUUUAUGAUUUUCGCCUGCGAAAAUAUCACACUUGAUGGCAUCAAAGUUAGUGCUCCUGGUGAUAGUACAAACACCGAUGGAGUCCACAUGGGAAAAUCAACUGAUGUUAAAAUUCUUAAUACCGACAUUGCUACCGGAGAUGAUUGUGUGUCAAUUGGUGAUGGUAGCAGAAAAGUACUUGUACAAAAUGUGAAAUGUGGACCUGGUCACGGUAUUAGUGUUGGAAGCCUUGGAAGGUUUACAAAUGAAGAUAACGUUGAAGGUUUUACUGUUAAGAAUUGUACUUUGACAAAUACUGAUAAUGGUGUGAGGAUUAAGACUUGGCCAUCUGGACCUGGACAAAUAACUAUUACUGAUAUGCAUUUUGAAGAUAUUAUCAUGAAUAAUGUCUUGAACCCUAUCAUCAUUGACCAAGAGUAUUGUCCAUGGAACCAGUGCAACAAAAAUAAUCCAUCAAAAAUACAGAUAAGCAAGGUUUUAUUCAAGAACAUUCAAGGAACUGCAAGAGCACAAGAGGGAGUGGUUCUUAUAUGCAGUCGUGGUGUACCGUGCAAUGGUGUGGAGUUGAAUAAUAUUGAUCUCAAAUUUAACGGACAACCGGCAAGAGCUGUAUGUUCUAAUGUCAAACCUAUAGUUACAGGAAAUGCUCCUACAUGUGAAGCUUAUGGUUCACCUCCAUCUCAAGCUAAACCCAACUGA